AUGGCAGUCGGCGCCACGGUUACGGCAAAGGCGACGACGGGCGUCGCGCACCUCCUGGACCCGAAUAGGAAGUGGUACAACAAUCGGCGACUCAUUAAUCUGCAUGCUUGGAUCGUCCUCUUCAUCAUCAUAUCUUCAGCCAAUGGGUUUGACGGGAGUCUAAUGAACGACUUUCAGUCCCUCUGGCAAUGGGAGGGCUACUUCAACAGUCCAUCGGGGUCCCUCCUGGGCGCGCUCAGCGCUAUGCAAAACAUUGGUUCUCUGGCCGCCUAUCCGUUUGCGCCCUACUUGUCGGACGGAAUAGGUCGUCGGCGCACAAUCUUUGUCGGCGCAGUAUUCACAUUGGUGGGCGUGGCGCUCCAGUCUGCAGCGCAGAACAUAGGGAUGUUCAUUGCUGGACGCUUCCUGAUUGGUUUUGGGGUGUGCUUUGCAGCGAAUGCAGCGCCAAUGCUGGUCACUGAGAUCUCAUAUCCGACCUACCGCGCACCUCUGACCUCUGUGUACAACUCGCUUUGGUAUUCGGGUAAUGUCAUUGCGUCAUGGACGACAUAUGGGACUGCCUACAUCCCGAAUGAAUGGUCGUGGCGCAUCCCUUCCAUCAUCCAGGGUAUCCCGUCGAUUCUCCAAUUCUUUUUCGUACUUCUUGCCCCGGAAAGCCCGCGUUGGCUAAUUUCCAAUGGGAAGGAUGCGGAAGGCCUGAAAAUCUUGGCAUAUUACCAUGCUGAUGGCAACGAGCAGGAUCCUCUUGUGCAAUUCGAGUUCGCCGAGAUCAAGGCUGCGAUUGACUUCGACCGAACUGUGAACAGCGAUGUUGGAUGGAAGGCUCUGUAUUCCACGCCGGGUAACAGGAAGCGGAUGAUCAUAGCCAUAGCAAUUGGCUGGUUCUCGCAGUGGUCCGGGAAUGGACUUGUAUCGUAUUACCUGAACAAGGUCUUUGAUACUAUCGGCAUUACGAGUACUUCGACGCAGCUACUCAUCACAGGGAUCCUCGCAAUUUGGAACCUCAUCAUAUCUGUAUCAGCCUCAUUCCUCGUAGAUCGCAUCGGCCGUCGUCCCCUUUUCCUUUGGGCAACGGGAGGCAGCCUCGUGUUCUUCACUCUUCAAACGAUUUGUUCGGCGCAAUACGCAUUGCACCAACAACCCGCUGCGGCCCAUUCGGUGAUUGCGUUCAUCUUCCUCUAUUAUGCCUUUUAUGAUUUGGCAUAUACACCUCUCAUUGUGACGUACACAUGCGAGAUCCUACCCCAUUCGUUGCGGGCAAAGGGUCUCACGGUGUAUAGCGUUGGGGUCUCGCUCGCACUAGUGUUCAAUCAGUACGUCAACCCUGUUGCUCUCCAGCGCCUUGCGUGGAAGUACUAUAUCUUCUAUUGCUGUUGGAUUGCCUUCGAGUUUGUUUUCAUCUACUUCAUGCUCGUGGAGACGAAGAAUCGCACGCUGGAGGAGACGGCCGCCCUUUUCGACCACAAGGAUCUUGCGCAGGAAAUCAUGCCGAUCAUUGAGGCUCAGCAAGGCAAGGAGAAAGAUAUCCAGUCAGUAUCGGAGAAAGAUAUCCAUUCAGUAUUGGAGAAAGCAUCAGAAGCAAGAGUGGAGAUCAUGAUGACCUGA